AUUAUAAAUAGUUUAAUUAAAAUCGUAUUUCCUAUCCAACAUUUCUUCUUAAAUUAUUUCAUAACAUAAAAUGCUUUUCUUAUUACAAAGAGUUUUUUGUGCAACCCAUAACAUCGAUUGCCGAGUUACCGGUGAUAAUUCUUAAAACAACAUGAACAAGACCGGGCCGUAAGUCCUCAUGUAGACGAACUCCACGAAGUUAUAAAAUCUUUAAAGGGAAAACUGUGAACGAAUGUAAAUUUUUAACAGUGUUAUUUUAUUACACAAAAUGAUUAAUAGGUCAAGAUUGCUUGCCCGCAAUUUGGGCGUUUUAAGGAAUUCUGCAGCUAUUGCGGAAAAUGGAUGUUUUGCAUCAUUUGCGCAACCACAUCCAGUUUACAGUCUCCAAGUUAGACAAAAGAGCACGACUCCUCUAAAUACAAUCAUUAUGUUUGUUCCACAACAAGAGGCAUGGAUUGUGGAACGAAUGGGAAAAUUCUUCAGAAUCCUGGAACCAGGUCUGAAUGUACUACUUCCUAUCGUUGAUAGAGUCAAGUACGUUCAAAGUUUAAAGGAAUUAGCAAUCGAUAUUCCAAAACAGAGUGCAGUUACAUCAGACAAUGUCACACUGGAUAUCGAUGGAAUAUUAUACCUGAGAGUUAACGAUCCAUAUUUAGCAUCAUAUGGUGUCGAGGAUCCUGAAUUCGCCAUAAUUCAAAUAGCACAGACAACUAUGAGAUCAGAAUUAGGCAAAAUAUCUUUGGACAAAGUUUUCCAAGAAAGAGAAGGCCUUAACGUUAACAUAGUUGAAAGUAUUAACAAAGCCAGCCAGGCUUGGGGAAUCACAUGUCUGCGUUAUGAAAUUCGUGAUAUAAGAUUGCCACCCAGAAUACACGACGCAAUGCAGAUGCAAGUUGAAGCGGAGAGAAAGAAAAGGGCUUCGAUUUUAGAAUCUGAAGGUGUCAGAGUAGCAGAAAUCAACGUUGCAGAAGGACAGAGACAAGCCAGGAUUCUUGUUUCCGAGGCGCAGAAGCAAGAGCAGAUUAAUAAAGCGGAUGGUGAGGCCGCUGCCAUUCUUGCAAUAGCACAGUCACGAGCACGUGGAUUAGAAAUUGUCGCGAAUUCCUUGGGUUUCAAAGAUGGCAAGGAUGCAGCUGCUUUGACUAUAGCUGAACAAUAUGUUCACGCCUUUGAUAAACUCGCGAGGACGAAUAAUACGUUGAUUUUGCCCAGCAACGUUGGGGACGUUUCAAAUUUCGUGGGACAGGCAAUGUCGAUAUACAAGCAUGUGAUAAAUCAGAAAUCUGGAUCAGAAAAUCAGUCACAAAUAACGAAUGGAUCGCAAUCUACAAUUCCCGUCGGGAUUGAAUCGGAUGAUAGCUACGAGUACUUCAGUGAUAAAGAGGAGGCUGAGAAACAUAAGAGAGCGAACAAAAGAUCUCCAAAGAAAUUGUAAAAUUAGAAUCUUUUGAAUAAAUGUUUUCUUUAUUAUCCGUUCGUACUGUUACAAAAAAUUAUAUUUUAAUGGAGCAAAUAUAAUACCAUUGAUAUAUACG